AUGGCUGAGCAGAAGAAGAUCAUGGAGCUGGAGAGGUCGGGGGGCGAUUUUGAGCCUUCGCCAUGCUCCGUCGUCUUGGCAGGGCAGACCACUGCCAAUCACAAGAGAGAGCGUUGUCAUUGGCGAACAGAGGCCCGCUCUCUUUGUUCCUCUUGCUUCCUGAGCAGGCAGCAGUGGGCCGCCGAACGAGAGGCCUUGCGCUGCGCAGAUGUUUUUUGGGAGAAGGCCCUGCGCGCUUCGCUGGCGCUGCUGAAAGCCGAGCGGCCCAGCCAGGCGGAGGAGUUUGUCAUCCACUCCGACAGUGAGGAGGAGGAGGUGAGCACCCUUGGUUCCGAGACGCCGCCAGUACAGGAUGCGGCAGACAUCGACGCAGCAGGCCACGCGCCCAACGGCGCGACAGCCGGCUGCGGUGGAGAUGAGCUCGGACCCGAGCCCGAGGAUCUGCAUGGCCAAGAUGGCGCUGUCUGGCCAUGGCCGCCCGCGGCGGCGCAAGCAGCAUCCUGCGAGUGCCACUACACUCCCGGCACCUGUGACGCUUGCAAGGCGCUCUUCGGGAGUGGCCCGAAUUGCACGCCCAGGGCGAUGCGGCGGCUGACGCUGGGCGCGGACCAGGAGCACCGCCUCAACAGCUACCGGCGGUUGCACCUCAAGCGGCACCCCUGCUGA